AUGGCCAGCUUGUUUGAGGUAGAUGGCUCUGAGCUGUCCACCGAGUCAUUUAGCUCCUUGGCGAUUGACGAAGUACAGGACGAGUUGUCUGAGGAGCGUGCAGACUCGCCACCUUUGCGAACGGCUUCUGACCUCGAUAAGGCGGAUGGGAUAGACGGUCCUCGCAGAACUUCCACAGAGACUGGGCGCGGUAGGACUCAGGAAAUCACCUCUUCUUUCAAAGUAAUACCCCAAAUUAACUACACGUUACGGUAUUGGCAUGGGUUGGACUGCGAACUCGACGAGUGGUUCAGCUCGUUGCCAGAUGCUGCCUCGUUCUUGGGCAAACUCGUGUACUGUGAUCCACUCGAAAAAGCCGAGGUGGAAAGAGAGCUAAUUGCAGCUGAGAUUUCUGGAGACUUUUCAAAACUACUGUAUUUUGCAUUGGGUACCUUUGAGCCCUGGAAUUCGUACGAUCAGCACCGGGCUGCGGUGGUUCGCCAUUGCGAGUUUCUAAACAAACACAAUGCAUUGGACAGGCUGGAUCCGAAUUCCGAUGAUCUUCAUGAACUCUCCUUAAUUUUUGUUCUGGUUUCCGUGUGUCUGGAUACAGUCGGAGCUACUCUGCGUCGCUUGGCGUUUGCUCAAAAACUCAUGCACAGACUUGCGUCUUUCCGGUGGGCUGAGACGUUAGAAAUUGGACCACACGCAAUGCUACUACGAGUUUUGCUAUUGGCUGUCUUUGGACUGGAAAACGAAAUGCACGAAAGCCAAGAAUACUUGUACAAAUCAUGCGGCGCCGAAUUGGGCCUAAACUCUGAUGAAGUCAUGGCCACUCCUCUAGAUUAUGAAGGGUUUCGCGAACAGAUAAUGGCUCGGUAUCCGUCAUAUAUCCCCCCAGAGGCCGACCCGGAAACAAAACUAUCUGCGUACGAACGCCCUCCCCCAAAAGCUGUAAUGCCUAACUUGGUCACAGUUGACGUGCCAACCAGCAUUGAAGAAGCUUGCGAACUCUUCCACAAAAAGACAGUUAGGACUCCCGAAGUUGUGCAAUUCUGGGAAGAACAACGAAGGUUCCUCAACGGGGUUCCUUCGGCCACAGCGCUGCCCGCCGAUACUCCAGAAAGCUUAAAACGGGUGGAUGAGGUCUACAAUGAUACACUGAUCAUUCUAAAAUCAUUCUGCACUGUUUUACUCAACUUUAUUCUUCAGGAAUCUUCAGCAGAGGACCGCUCAGGUGGAGGUUUACAUUCGGCCUGCAUGAUUUUUUGUAUUCUGCUGAGAUGGUAUCGGUUGUCGAACAUUUUCAAAUUUGAAUUUCUAGCUGCAAUCAUGUUCGAUUUGCAGUUCCACUUGAUCGCCUUCAAAUAUUGUGCAAACCAUGCCAUUUUGGAGACAGUGUUAGCCGACACUAAGCCACCAACAGGGUUCUGGGCGAUCACAAAACAACUAAACGAUGGAGCUAGUCUGCCCAAUGAAAUUUAUGGGCUUGAUGAAAAGCGUGUGGGAAGUAUUAACAACUCAAAGUCAGACUGCGUGUCCGACGGCAUCAAAAUCGAGAGCUUUUCACCAAGAGCCCUUGAGAUAUUUAUUGCAUUGGUUGGCAACACCCGAGCGAUUAUCAGUGAUAAGACGCAGAGAAUCAUCAUCGUUGCCGAACUGCCUGCAGAGUCACUAAAGCAAUUGCUGCUUGUGUACAAUCGGCAAUUAUGGAUCGAGGCGUUGCAGAUCUUCAAAAUGCAAGCCCCGCUGAAUGGGAAAAAAUGGAGAUCGAUGAAUAUGGAGCUGAUCUCGGCCAUCUACCUGCACUGUCCGUCCAAACUUAACGACAAUUGGCUUUCUGGCCAGGACCUCAGUGGGGAAAUCAAGGUGGCGGCAUCGCAAGAAGAAACGUUGCGCAACAUGAUUGAGUUUUAUAAUUCGAGCCGUUUGAAUCUAGAAAAACGCGAAACUUCUUUCUUUGCAUAG